UUCGUGAGUGCUGGUUUGAUCUCGCCGACGUGCUUUGCAACUCAUCAUCUAUAAAAGCUAAGCAUUGUGGGUAGUUAGAGGAACAACAUGGCUGCCGAUAGUUCUCUUGAUCUGCGAUUAAAAUUAAAGACCCAUGGCGAUGAUAAACACUCUAAACUUUCACAUAGACGAAGAUCAUCACAUGAAAGAUACGACACUUUAUAUUCUGAUUCAUAUGAAAAAGUGUCCAGAUAUGAUAAACAGAAGUCAUGCAGCAGACACGGACAUCAUGGUGAUGAACUGAAAAAAGUUCACUCAGGCAUAGAACAACGUCGUUUGUUUACAAGUGCACAAUGUGCAGAAAUUGAGAAAAAGAUAGAUGAUGUUGUUGCUAGAGCAAAUCGGAAUGAAUAUAAAGAUUGCACUGUUGAUAGAGCACCUCUGAGAAAUAAAUAUUUCUUUGGUGAGGGAUACACGUAUGGCUCUCAACUUGAAAGAAAGGGGCCUGGGAUGGAAAGGUUGUAUGCAAAAGGGGAAGUAGAUGAUAUUCCUGAAUGGAUUGAAAAAUUGGUGAUCAAGCCCCUGUAUGAGGCCAACAUAAUACCUAAGAACUUUAUCAACAGUGCCGUUAUCAAUGACUAUUUACCUGGUGGCUGUAUAGUUUCUCACAUCGACCCACCCCAUAUAUUUGACAGACCCAUCGUCUCUGUUUCAUUCUUCAGUGAUAGUGCCCUCAGUUUUGGAUGCAAGUUUUCCUUCAAGCCUAUCAGAGUUUCUAAGCCUGUGUUGAAUUUACCUAUCUCUAGAGGAUGUGUCACACUUCUAAGUGGAUAUGCUGCAGAUGAUAUUACACAUUGUAUUCGACCACAAGAUGUAGUCAGUAGAAGAGCGGUUAUUAUUUUAAGAAGAGUUAGAGAUAAUGCACCCCGUUUGACACAUCCUGUCAAUUUUCCUGUCAAAGUGUCACAGAAGCGGAGAUAUAACAGUUCGUCUGAUGAUGAAGAGGAAGAGGAAGAAAAUCGCGUGGUGAUAGCGCCAAGGUCUUCGGGCAUUAAAAGUCAGAUAGUUUAUCAAAGAAAUAAAAUCAAUUCUAAAGUUAUUUGUGUCAGUUCAGAAGAAAAAACAAAGUCUAACAGAAGAGUUUUUACUGUAUCCCCAGACUCGUCACCUGAAAUUAAAAGGGAAGUAAAAUUUACAAGAGAUGUAAAAUGAUGCAUUAGCCUGUUGGGAGUUUUUUUUUUUUAAAAUAACAAUUUUAUACAUUCAUAUAUACCGGUAUUGAAAUAUAUUAAUAUUAUGCUCAUCAAAAUCCAUUUAAGAAAGAAGACAUACAAAAAAUAAUCAGUAUAUAAUGUAAGACAAAAACUAUAUAAAAUGAAAAAGCUAAAACUGUAUAAUUAUGUUUAUAUAUUUUAUUUAUGUGAAAGCAUUUAGUUGAUAUGUGAUUAUUUCUAUUUAUCUUGUGCAUUGUCAAAUUUUUCAAAACAUUUGGAGGAUAUAAUGAAAACUAUUUAUAUUAAAAAUGGUAAUUGUUAAAUUCGAUCAUGGUAAAGUUAAUAUCCUAAAUGCUUUGAGUAUUAUGGCUCUGUAGAUUAUCACUCAGUAACAUAAUAAUUUCAUACAUUGGUUGCUUCGUUUAAAUAAUCUACAUUUCAAAAAUAUAAAAGGUCAGUAAUGUAAGUAAGUCUACUAAUCAAAUGUAUUUAACGACUAAUCAUAACUUGUAUAGUUAAUAUAUUGUAUUAACAUUUAAAAAAAAAACCCAGAUAAUUAAUUUCUCUUUCUGAACUGUACAAUAAUUGAAAGAUAUUGUAAUAAGUAUCAAUUGAUAAUUUUGGUGAACCUGUAACUGAAAGGUGGUCUUCCUGUAACUGAAAGAUGGUCUUAUUCUCUGUAGUCUUAUUUUUUUUUUAUGUAGACAAGUAGCCUUUUUAAUUGUUAGGUAGUACUAUGGGUACUAUUUGAAUAUGACUUUUUAGUUAUUAAAAAAAAAUAUGUGUUAGCUAUGUGAAUGUCUUGAAUGAGAAGCAGUAGCGGCAGGUGUUCUAGAAACAUUAAGCAUACCCUGUCUAAUGCACAAGGCCUGGCAGUACUCAUAGCUAUGCAUAAAUUUUUCUGUCCUCAGUAUUGUGUAUAUCAUGUCUUUUAUAUCCGGCAACAGUACCAUACCUUUUUCUUUAUACUGUAUAUCUAUAACACAUAAUAUCACAUCAAUAUACAAAUGUACAUGUGUUGUAAGAUUAACAAUACUAUUUCUGAUUCAACUAUGCACUAAUUUUAACUUGAUCACCAUUACUGAUAUGUAUUAUUUUAAGAACUUAAAGCUACUGUCGCUAUAUCUUUGGUUAGAAAAUAAGUUGUUGUAUAUUCUUAUGUAUUCCUAAUUCAAAUGAUUUUCACUAAUCUUGUUAUGGUAGUUCCUACUUGCUGCUUCUAAUUGUCUGAGUGAUACAAGAUUUAGUGUGUAGUGAUGGAAGUAAAAAUUAAGAUUUAUACAAGAUGUCCAUGUGUUUCUGAAUUUGAUGCUACUUUUGCAACUAAUUUCAAGAAAUCUUUAUGUUACACAGGAGGUGGGUUUUGAUAUAUUUCGAAUGCCGCAUGUGGCAUGUGGAACGGUUAGAAAUGACAUGUUGUUUUUUUUUGUUUUUUUUAAGAUAAUAUGAAAUUCAAUGUACACUAUAUGAUUUGCUUUUUGGGUGCCAUGGUGGUUAAGUAAGAAAGAAGCUGGCUUGCUAACUAGGAGGUCUCCAGUUAGCUCCCAGUGUUGGCUGAGAAAGUUUGUCCAGCUUUUCCGGUGUGGUUUCCCUUUGUCUGAGCAGGACGGAGGGAAGUCAAGGACGAGGUCUUGUAUACACAUCGACAUACACGUAAAUGUGACAGUUGGAAUUCAGCUGUAGCGCCGCUGUCCGGAAAUAAUUUUCCUAAUAGCACACUGUCUUCAAUAGCUGAGUCGGGGCAGAAAAGUACAUUGUUAAACCCCAUUUCAUUUGCUUUGUCCUUUACGAAACUUGGUAACUUGGUAACUUGAAAAGUUCGUUGAAUGGACAAUUGCAACUUAUCAGUUACACUGUUUGUCAGAUAAUAUUUAUUCAUUACAUAAACUUCAUUACAUUAAAGUUCCUUUCUGAAUGACAAAUAAUUAAUAAUAGUAUGUUUACUGCUUACUUUGUAAUCAAUAUAAUAUUACUUUCAAUCUAUGAAAUCAAAGCUAAAUAAUUAAGAACGAAUUUCAUAGCAUACUAUGUACUGUGUAAUCAUAAUAAAACUUGUUGUUCCCUUAUUAUGUAUUUUAGUAAAGGUAUAUAUAUUUUCUGUUGAUUUUUGUUGAAUGUAGCAUCAUUUGAAUAUUCAUAAUAAUGUAUCUUGUGUUAUUGUUUACAAAAGAAGAAUUUACUAUUGUUUUGAGGUUUUGAAUUAUCCAAGAGUUUAUUGUGAAUGGUGUGUUUGAUUUUGUGAUGAUAUGAAAAAUGUAGAUGAUAAGUUAAAAAAAAUUGUUUUAUUUUGAAAAAAAUUAUUAUUUGUUCCUUGAAUAGAAUAUGAAUAUAUGCAUAUGUUAUGAAUUAUAAAUUUGACACAAGAAAUUGACUUCAACCCUUCA